AAAUUACUUGAACUCGCUGUUUGAAUAUAGCGCUUCACCUGUUAGUAGGUGGAGUCUAUAAAGCAGGAGCUAGCAAAGUGUUGACAUUUUGAUGAGUUGAGUUGAAAACAAGACUCAAGUUUAAACUUAAAGUUAGUAAAUGUCGCUUUGAUGUCUUUUGUAUUUUUGUUUGAUUAUUACAUUUAAUUAUUGAUAACACAAUGCUAAGAUUGUCUCCAGGAGAAUUUAUUUUCAUCAUUUCAAAGAUUAUAAGGUCCAAAAAUCAAAUGACUUAUUCUUAUUCUUUGUGAUAUUUUGAUGAUUCCGAAAUCCUGUCUCCUUUAAUCCAAAUUAUUGAUCUGUGUUAUUAAUUUUCAUCUUGGUCACUCCGUGUCAACUUUUCAAAAUCAAAUAUGUCAUCGAAAAGCGAUACUCUUUGUGAUUUUAGUUACAAUCAAUUGACCACAACCACUCAAUCUGUUGGUUUUUUUCAUAAAAUCAAAUCUUAUUUUGUUGAUUCAUCUUCAAACAAAUCAAAUGCCGUUUACAUGAAAAUACUCUCUGCUGUUUUUUAUGGUUGCUCAUCGUUCCUGAUUAUUGCUGUUAAUAAAGUUGUUUUAACUUCUUAUCGAUUUCCAUCAGCCAAAUUUUUAGGUCUUGGACAAAUGUUAGCUACUUUAUUUAUUCUUACCAUUGGAAAAUCAAUGUCUAUUAUCAAUUUUCCAGAUUGCAGUUUGGAAAUUCCUAGGAAAAUAUUUCCAUUGCCUUUAUUUUACAUGGGAAACUUAAUAUGUGGUCUUGGAGGUACGCAGAGGCUAAGUUUACCUAUGUUUACUGUUCUACGUCGAUUUGCUAUUUUAAUGACUUUGAUCGGUGAAUAUUUCGUGUUAAAUGUGAAAUCCACGCCUCCAAUAAUAAUGACAGUUGUAGCAAUGGUUGGAGGGGCAAUUAUUGCUGCAAGCAACGAUCUCUCCUUUGAUGCCCAGGGUUAUAUUCUGGUUCUGAGUAAUGACCUCUUCACAGCUCUUAAUGGUGUUUACAUGAAAGAAAAAUUGGAUGCCAAAGACCUGGGAAAAUAUGGACUCCUAUUUUAUAAUAGUCUUUUCAUGUUGCCUCCAAUGAUCCUUUUUUCCUGGUCAACUGGUGAACUAGCCUUGUCCCUCCAAUUCGAGUAUUGGUUAAAUUUUGGUUUUUUAAUCUCAUUCUUAUCAUCUUGUAUCAUGGGCUUUCUCCUCAUGUAUUCAACUAUUUUAUGUACUUCAUAUAAUUCAGCUUUAACUACAACAAUCGUAGGGUGCCUAAAGAAUAUUCUCGUCACAUACAUUGGCAUGUACAUUGGUGGCGAUUACAUCUUUUCAUACGUCAAUUUUAUUGGAUUAAACAUUAGUAUGAUUGGUAGCAUUGUUUAUUCAUAUUUUAUUUUUAUAAAAUCCGAAUCGAAACUACCAAUCGCCAGUGGAUACAAGCCUGUACCUGCAGAAGACAAAAAUGAAGGAAAUAACAUUGAAACAAAAGGCUUGGAGCUUUCCAGCAAAUGAAUCAUCUAAAACUUUAACUAUUGCCGAAUUUUUAUCCAAUCAACUUUCUGGAUGGAAGAAGCCAACAUUAUUUUAAUUAAAUUACUGAUUAAUCAAAUUCAUCGCACUUCAUCGGGUGUUUUUACAUACUUGUUUUGUUAUGUUUUUAAACCAUUGGAUAGUGGUUUACUUUUGCCAUCAUGGAAAGCUCAAUAUUAUCUAUUCUGUGGUUUUGUUGAAUCCAUAUUGGAUUUUUUUACCAUUGAACAAAAGAUUAUUUCUAGAUCCUGUUUUAAUUUAUUUAUAAAUUGAUUUAUACCUUAUUCAUCUUCAUUCUACUAAUAUUUUAAUUCUUCAGAUCCAUGAUCUAAAGAUUGUGUUUUAUAAAAAUUACGCACAGUAAACUUUCUUUUUGGAAA